UAAAAAUGGUGAAUAACUAAGCUUUAGCUGUCAUUUCAAUCAUUUUCAAUUCAAUUCAAAUCAAAUUCAAAUUAUCGAAACUAAGUCCAGAAAACAUACAAGAUGUUUUCAACAAUAUUUAGGGAUUUUUUAUUAAAUCCAUAUCUUUUGUAUAUAAUAUCCGUUGUAAUAAUUAUCUUUAUAAUAUGGAGAUUAUAUAUUGAAUUUUAUGAAUAUCUAAUUAAAGAACAAUGUCGACGACAAAAUCUAAAAUUUGUUCGUAUACCAAGUCAAAGUAUGGCAUUAUUACGUAAAAAACGUUAUGAUAUUGUUGAAACUGAAUUGGUUAAAAAGAAUGGUAAAUUAUUUGGUGCUAAUAUGCUUAAUGAAAUGACUAUUUAUGUUGCUGAUGCUGAAUUAGUACAAAUUAUUUGUAAUCGUGAAUUUACUAAAUUUUCAAAUCGUAGAGUAUUUUUACUUGAAGAUCCUGUUUGGGAUAAUUUAUUGUUUGCAACCAAUGAUGAUAAAUGGAAACGUUUACGUUCAAUAAUGUCACCGGCAUUUUCCAGUGGAAAAUUACGUAAAUUUAAAUAUUGUAUUGAUGAUACGUUUAAAAUUAUGGCAAUGAAUCUGGAUAAAUCGAUUGCCAGGGAUCCGGUUAUUAAUGUUAAACAAUUGGUCGGUGCAUUUACAAUGGAUACAAUCAUACAGAUAUCGAUGGGUAUGCGAAUUGAUUCAUUAAAAGAUCCAAACAAUUUGAUUAUUAAAUAUGCACGAAAAUUAUUUGGUCAUGAUAUAAACAUACGUGAUACGCUUGUAUUUUUUAUUGCAUUUUUUCAUCCAAAAUUAUUGAAAUAUCUUCAUCUUAGAUUUCAAGGUGAAGCAAUUGAUUAUUUUAAAAAAUGUGUACUAGAAAUUGUAGAGAAAAAACGUAAAGAAAUGAAAAACCGUCAGGAAUCGAUGAAAGCAACAAAUUUUAUUGAAUUAGUUUUGGAAGUAGAAAAAGAACAAGAAUCAAUGAUGAGCCAACAACAACAACAACAGAAUGGAAAUGCUAAACCAUUUAAACAUAUUACCAUUGAUGAAAUGAUUGCACAAUGUAUAACAUUUUUUACUGUUGGUUAUGAUACAACAGCCACAACCAUAACAAAUACCUGUUAUACAAUGGCAACAAAUCCGGAAAAACAGGAAAAACUUUAUAAAAGUAUCAUUGAAACAUUGAAACAAUUGGCUAAUGAAAGAGAUGAUGGUUGUAAUGAUCCUUACGAGUUGAUUACAUUCGAUACAUUGAAUCGUUUUGAAUAUUUGAAUGCAUGUUUAAAUGAAUCAAUGAGAUUUUUAACAUUAGUUGCUGCUACCGAAAGAUUAGCAACCGAAGAUUGUCGUAUUGAAACAAGUGAUAAAAAAAUUUGGUUCAAUGUUAAAAAAGGUAAUGUUAUUCGUAUACCGAUACUUAGUCUGCAUAAAGAUUCGGAAAAUUUUUCUCAACCUGAUCAAUUUAUACCGGAAAGAUUUUUACCAGAACAAAAUGAUGAAAACAAUGAAAGAAAUUUUAAUAAAUAUGCAUUUAUGCCAUUCGGUACUGGACCAAGAAAAUGUAUUGCAUCAAAUUUAGCCAUUUUAGAAGCAAAAAUGGCAUUAAUACAUUUAUUUCGUAUGUAUCGUUUAAGUGUUGAUCAAAAACGUACAAAAAUACCAAUCGAUUAUUAUAUAAAUGCUGAUUUAUUAAUUUCAAAAGAUGUUUAUUUACAUGUUGAACAACGAUUAUAAUAAUUUUUUAAAAAUGUAAUCUUUUUUUCUUGUUGUUGUUGUUGAAAAUAAAUAUUUUUUUUUU